UGCAACUGAUGGUCAGGAAGUGAUUUGACACUUUGUUCUUUCUUACUUUUUUUGUUUCAAAGUCAGCUGUGUACAUGUUGUUUCACAGCGGAAGUUUUAAAAGUUUCGGAAGCUGAACACGAUGCUCGUGGCAGUUGUAAACAAAAUGUUGGAUUUACAUAUGUUUUUUUGAUUUUUUUUCUAAUUUAAAAAGUUCCUUACUAGUUAUGAGGAAACGUUUUAAUCAGUAUUAUUCAAUAUCAUAAUUUGCAAAGCCACUCAAAAAGUGACACAUCAGUAGUUCAGGCAGUGAUAAUUUUAUCACACUAAGUAGGGGUAUAUGAACCUUGGACUUGAUACGUUGAUACAGAAGUGUGGAUUUUGUUUUAGAGAAGAGUACAUUUUGUGUUAACUUUACAUUUACAUUAUGGCAACUGAAUAUAGUUUUGUCGUGUUUCUAUUCUUCUCUCUUGCUAUACUGGUACUUCAAGGGGAAUGUGUUCACUAUGAAUUUGGAAAGACAUAUAAGUACACAUACGAAACAGAGGUGUUGUUUAAUGAUGAUUCACCCAAGAAAGACGUGAGAGCUCAUCAAGAUGUUGGUUUGAGAAUCAGACUGGAAUUUGACUUUACACCAUUGUUUGCAGAUGGUGAAACUCAAAUGGUCAGGCUGCAGGUCAGUCAGGCAGCACUUACAAGCCUUCAUCGUGGAGGAAUGGAGGGUCAGCUGCUGGACAUGGUGAAGUUUCCGUUAUAUUUUGAAUACAUGGAUGGUGUGGUUGGACGGGUGUUUGCAAUAGAAAAUGACUCUGUGUUCUGUACCAAUAUCAAGAAAGGGCUUAUUUCAAUGUUUCAAGUACAGUCGGAACCUGGAGAGAGGUCUGAGCUUGAUGUAUCUGGUGAGUGUAAAACAAUCUACCAGAUUUCUGGUCCAACCAUUAUAAAGCAGAAACUAGACUGUGAAAACCUAGAAAUUGCAGGACAGCAUACAAAUAAAAAUGAGGUGUUUGGUGUAUCAUCAAGCAGCAGUCGUACCUGGACUUAUCAGCUGGAGAAUGAUGUAGUGCACAGCAUGAUGGGAUCUAACCGACAUCUAGCCUCAAUAAACAUCAAAUCCACACUGAAUGCUAGGGUUCUAGCUGUGCAGAAGUUAACAUUACUGAGUGUAGAACCUAGUGCUGAGACAGAUAAACUGCCAGUCACAGAUUUUGAGGCCGCGGCACAAUUUAUAAAAGAUGGCUCAAAUUAUCCAGUUGUGGAAACAUUGUUACCAAGUGCACCUGAAAUACAGCACUGUACAAGUAAAACCUGUCAAAAGCCAUACGAUGUGGUAACAAAGGUAAAAGAUAGUUUAGUAAGUGAAAAGGUAGGCACUGCAGAGUCAGGAAAGGCAUUCCUAGAACUGUUGAAAUCUUUUAGAACAUCAGGGAAAGACAGAAUAUCAGAAGCUAUGACCAGUGGUGAUAGUGCUUAUAUUGUGCCACAAUUACUGGACAUUGGAGCAGCAACACAGACACCUGCUGCCCAGGCAGCAAUGAUGGAGUUACUGAACUUUGAAGAGACAAAGAAUUUAGUGUACCCUCUGAGGUACCUACUAGCUGCUGCAUAUACAACACAUCCAGGGGAAUAUCUUGUUAAAGACCUUUUGAAAUUGUUUAAGAAAAAUCUUCCAAGUCCAGAGGUGAAAGAAGCUGUUGCCCUUGCACUCGGAGCUGUGAUCUUUAACUUCUGUCAGGAUCCAGAACAAUGCCAAUUUGAGGUAGUGAAAGACUACCAGAAAUCUAUCAUAGAUUUAUAUUCCAAAUGUUCUGAUGAGAAAUGCCGUUUGUUGUAUGUUCGUUCAAUGGGCAACUCAGGACUGCCAGAUUUUAAAGAGAAGAUAUUUGAAACAAUAGCUAACAAGGAUAGUUCUUCCAUGCUUGGCUUUACUUCAGUUCAAGCUUUGAGAAGAAUCCCACCUCAAUAUAUGGAGGAAAAGGAUAUAAAGUCAUUACUGAAGAUAUAUCAUCAAACUGAGAGAACCUAUGACACAUCUGUACGCGCUGUUGCUGCUGAAUUACUGCUUAAACUCACACCAUCAACUGCUGUUGUUCGUAACUUGUUGUUAGCUGCACAGGGAGAUCAAGUUAACUUUGAGUUAUCAACAUUUUUGUUGAGGAAAAUAGUGGAUAUUGCUAAAUAUAAUAGUGAACUCAGAAAUACAACUAAAGACAUUUUAAGAGACAUAGCAAUAAAUAAUUAUAACAUUUGGGCACAGAAAGGAAAGUCAAGUGCCUUUAGCAGUUUAUUAGCAGAAACACAGGAUGUAAAUGCAAUAUAUGGUUUAUAUAUGGAGAUGGCAAGGUCAAAAGUCAUGAAGAAAAGUGCCAUGGAUGUCAGCAUUGUGAAAAAAGACACCGUACAGAAUCUUCUUAGUUUUGGUAUAUAUGCCUCUGGGUUGGAAUCUUUGCUGGGUGAGGAGCCAGACCCGGAUGCUGGUGAUGAGGAGGCCACAGCUGGACUUGGGCUAAAGAUUCUAGAUGUUGCCUUGCCUUCUGUAGAGUUUUUCCGUGGCUCUGGUGGUCUUAUGUCUGCCGUAUGGAAUGCUCCAUCUGAUCCGGUUACUGCACUUCAGAUGAGUUUCUUGUUACAAGAUCAUAGUGAAAAGUAUCAUCUAGCUAACGGUCUAGUUAUAGACCUACAGGUGCUUGGAGUCGCAUCCAUUGAUUUAACAGGCAUGGUCAGCAUUAGUCUGUGGAAUAGAAAUUCUGAAUCUCUUAUAAGAAAUAGUGGAGCCAUAGUGAUAGAAGGUGGAAUGCGUCUGGCGUCAGAAAUGGGUCGGGCAGAAGUUGUGUUUACAGCUGAGAGUGAAGCAUUUAUAGAUUUUGAGACUGAUGUUGAUUUCUAUGAGUCACCAUUUAAAAUGUGUAUGCAGAUGAAACGUCCUAAAGUAGCAUUUAAACAUACAGUAGACAAGUAUGAGAAGGCAACGAGAUUUGACAGGUGUUUCAAGUCAAAAGUUUCCAAGAUAUCAUAUAUAGAUGGGCUUUCAUAUUUCCUUAGUCAAAAGAACUCUGAAGAAUGCAAAGUGUUGUUAGCUAAAAAAUAGAAUAGUUAAGUGAAUCAAAGCCAUUCCAGAAAUGUAUGCCUCAAGGAAAAUUAUCAUUAUCAUUGAUGCCUCAACUAUCAUUGAUGCCUCAACAGACAGUUAUCUAUAUUAUUGAUGCCUUAACAGACAAUUAUCUAUAUUAUUGAUGCCUCAACAGACAAUUAUCUAUAUUACUGUUGCCUCAACACACAAUUCUCUAUAUUAUUGUUGUCUAAACACAGUUAUUUUUGCUAACAGAGCUAUCUUUAAAAGUAUUAUCAUUAUUGCAUUGACAGAGUUUUCUUUGCUUUCAUUGCAAUUCCUCAAAAGAUAAUGUAGAUAAUAAGGUAUUUUAAACUUUAUUUUGUCAUAUAUGAAUUUUUUAUACUCAUUUUUCAAAAUCACUAGCUUGUCGUACAUACAACAAUAUGAUUACUCAAUGCUCAUGUUAAUUCCUGAAAUUGUCAACAUAAAUAUUUUCAUGUUAUUUAUUCCAUGACACAUUGGUCUGUUUGAUCUCAUUUUGUUAAAUUGAAGUUUAGUAUAGGAUUUAUGUGAGGUUUUCAAGUUGUAAUGAUUGUUUUAAAUGGUUAAUUAUAACAAGAGAUUGCCUUGUCAGAUGUUGUUAGUGUUAACUGAGUUAAUAUUAUAGCUGGAAUACAAUAGUGCAGUAAAAUUCCUAGUCAAAUAUUUAUGAAAAGUUACAUAGAUAGCACAAGGCUCCUCCCAGUUUUGUAUUCCUUUAGAUUUUUAAAGGAUUGCA